AUGGAUAAAAGCAAAUCCUCCACAGCUAGCAGCGCAACUUGUGCCGAAUACAGUGCAAAUGUGUUUUCAGUAGUAUCAAAACAAGCCAUUACUAGCGCCACUGUUGAAACUUCCUCAGAAGACUUUCGGGCACGACCAAGAAGAAUCGUGCAAGAUUUCCUUUUAGUAUGGCUCGAUGCUAAUAUUGAUGAAGGAAAGGAAGAUUUUCAAAAGUCGCUGGCACAGCUUCGAAAAAUUUUCGUGACAGUAGAACCUUUUACUGACGUUGACCAAUGUGUUGAUUACCUAACAAGUAUAGAUGAUCAGAAAAUUUAUUUAAUUACCUCUGUGUCACUUGGCCAAACGACAGUGCCACUUAUACAUGACAUAGCUCAACUUGAUACGAUCUUUGUUUUCUGCUCAAACAAAGAUGAGCACAAAUUUUGGGCGAAUGAAUGUUCGAAAGUAAGAGGUAUUUACGACUCACGAUGCCAUUCAUCAAGGACAUUCGCAUAUACGGAUAAUAGAGAAUUUCUCAGACCUCAAUUGACUAUCUGA